GCAUCGCAAGUCAAUUGUUCUUGAAAACGGCGCCUACUUAAAAAAUCCUCAACCCAUUAUCAAUACGUGUCAAUAACAAAACAAUAAUUAUUAUUGUACGACGAUAUCCGUUUUACCAUCAUUUCCACUACCUUUCAACGUACGUACGUAUGUAUAUUGUGCUUGUGUGCGAUUAUUUCAUGUGAGUAGUACCUGUCAGGUGGUUCCGCGGAUGUCGCGAUCGUCCUGGACAGUUUAAAAACUUGCGCGGCGUUGAAAUGACGAUGACGCUGGAGCAGGAUGGUCAUCUGUGUCUUGUGGUGCCUUCUCGUGGUGACGAUUCAGUUUAGCUCAGGUGAUAUAGGACUGAACUGUUCCAUUUCUUCUCAAAGUUUCGAAAAAAUCCUUGGCAUUCGACCAACAUCCAACCACUCCACCUUGCUAUUCAAAAGCAACUCAUCUGACACUCCAGCAACUCCAGAGUGUAUAUCAAAAUGUGGCAGUGAUCAUGGCUGUUUCAGCUUUCUUCUAGACUAUAAGAAGGCUGAGUGUUACUACUUUAGACAGGAGGUGGAUGAAAAUGAUACUCAAAACCUCUUGCUGGAUGACAAUGUCGCUUGGUUCGUUAAAAGAUGUUACGAAAACGCUGAAAAGUGCAAGAAAUUAUGGGUCAUGGAACGUGUACCAGGAGCUAUCCUGGUAGAUAACGACAACAAAAUCCUGCCAGGCAAUUUUACUAGAUAUGAAUGCCAAAAAAACUGCCUUAAAGAAAAUCAAUGCAAAUCUGCGAAUUUUCGAGUUAUAGAUGAUACCCUUAAGGGUACUUGUGCCCUCAGCAGAAACGAUAGAUAUCUGUUGCCUAGCUCAUAUAGAGUUUCUGGAUACGAUGAGGAGUAUUUUGAGAAUCAGUGUAGCGACGGCCACGUCAACAAUGCUGAUUUUUGCUCGUACGAGCAGUACGACAAUACCACACUGGGCCACUUUGACAUACAUUUCAUGACGAAGACUAAAGAAGACUGUCAGCAGCUCUGCGAUCAGUAUCCAGGUUUCAACUGUCGGGCUUAUACAGUCAAGGGCCAGAAUUGCUAUCUUCAUAGCGAAGACACCAAAAUAUUCGGACCCACCUUGCUCAAAGAGAUGAUAGGUUGGACGUAUUACGAAAAAGCUAGGUGUCUCAAUAUAACAGUGUCUUGUAGUGAGACCUAUAUGAGAAUCAGGUACCAGCCUGAACUAAACUUUCAUGGAAAGUUGUACAUGCAAGGAUUUUCAGAGAACACUGUGUGUUAUGCUUUGGGUGAUAGUACCAAAAAUGAAGUUAUUCUAAAGCUGCCUAUUCUGGAAAAGAAUUGUGGGAUAACUGAAGCUGAUGGAUCGCAAAACAGGACUUUGAUGUUUGGAACUUUGGUCUUGCAAUACAAUCCAAUAAUUCAAACUCAAAACGAUAGAAUAAUAAGAGUAGGAUGUAUCUUUGGGAACGAAACCAAAGUUAUCGUCGGUACUGGUGUUAAAAUUUCUGCGACAUAUCCAAGUAAAGGCAGCUCUCUAGUAGCGCCAACAACAAAUGUUACUAAAUUUCCAGUGGUUCAAAUGAAAAUCAUAGAUUUGAAUAAGCGGGAAGAGGUCAGUGAUACACAGAUUGGACAGGAAUUGCAAAUGAUUAUUGAGCUGAAAGCAAAUGCUUCUUAUGAUAUCUGGGCCAGCCAUUUAGUAGCAAUGACUGAAAGAAGUGACGAAUCCAUUUUUCUCUUGGACGAUGCUGGAUGUCCAACAAACCUGAACAUAUUUCCAGCGCUCCGCAAGAGAGUCACCCGAAAUUCUAAGCAACUAGUGGCUAACUUCCAGGCGUUUAAAUUUGCUUCUUCGCCUAUAGUCAGGUUUAGUGUCAUCGUGCAGUUUUGCGAGAAAGAAUGCAAGCCGAUUAACUGUGGUGACAACGUAUACUCUUACGGAAGAAGGAAGAGAGAAAUUCGAACUCACAGCAUUCACACUUUGAAUGGUACGACAGUUGUGAAGGUUAACAGAACAGAGUUUGAAGGCAGGACAAGGAAUGUCAACGAGAUGCCGUUAGAAUAUUUCAUGGUGGUUAGAGAUGCUGUCUCCACUUCAGAUAGGCUUGUUUUUGGAGAUAACAAAAUAUUGUUUGCAGGAUAUAAUUAUUCCACACAAGAGGUCUGUUUGGACUACUCGCUAGUGGUUGGACUAAUCACCACCUGGAUCAUAGUACAAAUCAUAUUCUUGGUGGGUUGCGUGUUGCUAGUCAGGCGCUACAAGAGGUAUUAUCAAGAAGAAAGCAUGAGGCAGUCAAUGGAGGAGCUUCACAAGAAUUUUGGAAUUGGGUUCAGUAAUGUCGAAAAUAGAAGAGGCGUACACUGGGCUGAUAAUGAUCAUAUGUUAGGAUAAAUAAAGUUUUCUUAUUUCCGUGUAGUUCUGUCUGUCGGUUUGCCCGCUAAUUUUAUAACCGCUAUGACUUCAGAAGUACCGAUCGGAGUUUGAUGAAAUGUUUACAAAGUUACUACUAUGCCA